UCCUAAUUGGAUCAAGCGCAGACUUGCCUGACUGUGUGUUCAGUGUUCGCAGUGUGAGAGGAUCGAGACAGAGCGGGAGACAGAAUGUGUGUGUUGGUGUGAUGGAUAAGGAGAGGGAGAAAGAGGAGGGGUGAAAGCAAGGGUGUGUGUAAUCCUCACUCUUAUCUACUCCUGCUUGUUUGCAAUUCUGCGCUCAAGUCUUUCCAAGUGUCUGCGCUUUGACUGGACAUGCACCUGCUGCAGUUGCUUUUGGAUGAUUCAGCCGUUUUCUGCAGAGAAUGAAAUGCAGCAGAGGCGCUUCAGCCCUGCCCCCAGGUGAGUGCAGCGCUUGCUCUGGGACUCUCUGAGGCGGGAUCCACCCUCAGGCGGCCUCUGGAGCAUAUGCCUUAUUUAUAGACUUUCUGCCUGUGUUUUUCAUCUUGCUCUGUGUGAACAAACCCAGGAAACAGAAAUCAGAGCCACAGAAGUCUUCUUCUUUAGUAACGAGGUUAGUCGUUUGAGCAUCGUGUCCGAGUCCCUUCCCCCUCACUGGUGAUCUGAUAAUGGAAAGAAGACUUUACGAGGCAGCAUGCCUGCCGCAGCAUUAGACGAGUCCUGUGCAGCUGCUUCUGAGCGACCCAACCAGGGGCAGAGAUGAAGUCGGAAGCGGCAGAGGACAUCUCUGGCGGACUUGCAUCUCAAGAGGCUCCUUCAGAUGCCUUGUCUGAGGCAGCCACAAAAGAGACGCCUGAGGAAGCAGAGGAAGACGUGGCGGAGGGCAGCGAUGGCUCUGAGAGUGGAUGCGUGCCUUUGCCUGUGGCUGCGUGCUGCGUGUGCCUCGAUCUGGAGCGGGUGAGUAACUGCAUCCGCUCUGAAAAAAUCUGCAUCUUGCCCAUCCUGGCCUGCUUGCUAAGUCUGGCCCUCUGCACUGCCGGCCUCAAGUGGGUCUUUGUGGAUAAGAUCUUCGAAUAUGAGCCACCGACCCACCUUGAUCUCAAGCGCAUAGGACAGGAUCCUAUACUCAAUUCAGACUUUACUCAGAACUCUGCAUCACUCUCACCAUCAACCUUGUCAACUCUGUCUGUCCCAGGACAGCCCAAGGUCUUUGUGGAAGGGGAGUCAACGGCCAUACCGUUUGAGCCGCCUUCAUCGAAGGUGACCGUUUUUACGCCCACUGCAGCAGUGACUACACACACCAACUCUGUGUCUCCACCCAGCCCAAAGAGCACCUUCAGACCUGUCCAGAAUGCCACUGCAAACCAAUUUCCAUCUCAAACUCUGGAAUCCAAUGAUAUUGUUCCAAAGACCUCGGCCACCAGCACCACUCCCUCAGUCAAGACCUCCAGUCAUGUGACACGCUGCAGCGAGAGCGAGAGGAACUACUGCGUGAACGGCGGCGACUGCUUCAAGCUAGAAGUCCCACCCGGCAACAUCAGACGCCUCUGCAGGUGCCCCAAUGAGUUUACUGGUGAUCGCUGCCAAAACUACGUAAUGGCCAGCUUCUACAAACAUCUUGGGAUUGAAUUUAUGGAAGCUGAGGAGCUCUAUCAGAAACGCGUUUUGACUAUAACAGGCAUCUGCAUCGCUCUUCUAGUUGUUGGCAUCAUGUGUGUGGUGGCUUACUGCAAAACAAAGAAACAGAGGAAAAAGCUGCAUGAUCGUUUGCGGCAGAGUUUACGAGAACGAAACGCUGCGGCCAAAGGCCCUCAGCACCCUCAUCCUCCACCUGAAAACCUGCAACUGGUCAAUCAUUAUUUGCCCAAAAAUACUGUCCCUCCUCAUGUGCACGUGAUGGACAAAGAAGUGGAAACAUCUCUCUCCACAAAUGAGUUUACUUCGACAACACAUUCAUCCACUGCUGCCACUCAUUCCUCCAGCCAGUGUUGGACAAAUGGGAAAGCAAUGAGCAUGGUUUCUGACAGUCACGCAGUCCUGGUGCAGUCAUCAGUAGAGAAUUGCCGGCAUGGUACACCCGGCCACAGAGGGCGUCUCAAUGCUACCGGAGGAGUCCAUCAGCUCAACAAUCACCUGAAGAACUCCUGCAGAGACUCCCACUACACCGAGAGGUAUGUUUCGGCCAUGACUACACCCAGCUGUCUGUCCCCUGUGGGGCUUCUCUCUCCGGUGACGCCCUCCUCACCUCCCUCUGAGAUGUCGGCUCCUCUGUCCAGCCUAGCAACCUCUGUUCCCUCCAUGGCAGCAAGUCCCUCUGGGGAGGAGGAGCGCCCCCUGCUGUUCCAGACCCCACCGUUCCUGCGUGACAAAUCUGGUUUAAAUCAGUCAGGUCACAAUCUCCGCAACUCGGCUCACUACAAUCACGGCUUGGAGCUGCCCAGCCCUCCGGCCAGCCCUCUGCACACUGUGGAGCAGGAGGAGAGUUCACAGCAGUACCAAAGCACAGCUGCAACAUCUGCUUCCAACAGCUCAAGAACUCAGCCGAGCACCCCGACAGCACCGGAGCCAGGCAGUGGCAGUAACUCAGAGAGCAGCAGCUCAGAGAGUGAGACCGAGGACGAGCGGGUGGGAGAGGACACGCCGUUUCUGGGCUUACAGGGCCCUCUGGUUGCUGGGUCAGUUGUUCUGGACGGAUUGGAGGGCAGCAGAACUAACCCCGCGUUGCACCUCUCACCGCAACAUGACCUGCAGAGCAGACUGACGGCCGUUAUGGCCAACCAAGAUCCUAUAGCUGUGUGAAAGAUGCAUUGAAGAAAAAAUUCACCACUAAACCUUUAUUUUCUAUAAUUAAGUAUUGCAAAAAGAAAAACCUAAACUUUUAUUUUAGUGAUGUAGUGAAACAAAGACUUUUAUACAUGUGUACGAUGUGUUUGUGUCAUGGAAAAAAGUGCCAUUCACAUGUAGCUGAGGUCACAGUAUUUCAAUGGCAGAACAGAAAAAAAAUACAAUCUAUGGUGCCUUUUCAUUUAAAUUUGAAGAAAAAAAGGACUGCAUCAUGACACUGGGCCAUAUAUUCACGACUUUUAAGGCAACAAAAUAAAUUCUGUGUUCUGACCGAAAAAAAAAAAAUCCACCAGCACUCCAUGUCAGAAUUCUUGCAGUUGGAAUAAAAGGGGGAAAAAACCCAUCAUACCCUCUUAAAAAUAACGUUUUUUUUAUUGGCAUGACUAGUUCUAUAAAGUAGAACCAUGGAACCUUUCAAAUGCAGAAAAGGUUCUUUAGAAUUUUAGAAAAUUCAAAAGGGUUCUUUUAGGAACUGUUCAUUUGAAGAUCCCUUGGGGGAAACCAAAUGUGUUUUUUCAGUGGCAUCACAGCAAAAACACUUUUGGGACCUUCAUUUUUAAGCUUGUGGUCUUGGAACCUGGUGGCUUUUCUGCAACCUGUUCUCUCCUAUUUCACAUACCUGAUACAUGAAGUGAACCGUGUCAGAUAAUAGAGGCACACAAAACGAGUGGAGCUGUGAGUCACCAGGACACUGUGGCAAGAAUGUUUUUUUUCUAUUACAUUAAUAAUUAUUUCUGAAUUUUGGUUUAAAAUAUGAAGUGUGGCUGAAAGCAAGACAAUUCGAAAAGCUAUAGAAAUUAAGAGUAAAUGCUAAAAAAACACUUACAGGUAGUAAAUAAUCUACAAUCAGCUAUUAAUCAAACAUAAUCACUUUAUUCUGUUUUAUAUUGUGGUUGUCAUAUAUAGCAAACAUUACUUCUAUGAGACAGCUAUUAGAUCUGAUUGCUUUACUUUCAUAUUACUGCAGAAUGACUGAAUAUAUGGCUCACUUUGUCAAUCAUGCUCAUUGGCUUUUAAAGCAGUGCAUUGUGGGAAAAUUACAGCACCACUUUUAUGAUACUGACAUCUUGUUAUUUCUUAUUAAUUAUUGUUCCGAAACAUUUUUUUAACAUUUGUCCUUUGCUAUCCAUGUAGAAUGUUACAUUAUAUUCAAAGUGUUCCUUUUGUCAUAUGUUUUUUUUUUAUGUUUAUGUGUAUGUGUGUGAUCAUUUAAAGAACAAAUCACCUGUUGUACAGUAUUUUGCUAUGUUUGCAUCACCAGAUUACUACAAUAACUUAUGUAUUCACAAGGUUUUAUUGAAAAUAGCCUCUAAUAGUCUAUUCAGCUUGCUAAACAGAAGGAACUGGUUACACAAACAACACUUUUAACCUGGAGCUCACUAUAAAGAUAACAGCUCUAGUACGUGAAGGCCUUUUUCCCUACGUUUUCAUUUAAAUUAAAUGUGGCCCAUUUUAUUGUAUUUAUUUUCUUUAUUUAUUUCUUAUUUAUUUAUUUAUGGAAUCUAGCGUCUAUAAAUUUAUAUUUUAUUAGCAAUGAUAAUAGGAGAUAUUUGCAGUCUUUGGGUACAUCAACAAAUCCUUAUUUUAGUGGGGGUUUUUUUAUUAUUAUUUCUCAUCACUCCGUAAUAUAUGUGUGUCGGUUUCUCAUUCAAAAACAAUAAAUGUUCACCAUGACAAAUAUCCAUGAACCUGAUUAUACAAUUAAAAUGAAAACAGCUUUUGUUAGUUUGCUUUCAACACAAAGCCUUUAUGUAAAGAUUUAGGCCACCUUGAGAUGUUUGAUUUAGAUAAGAUGGCUGACAUCACCUGCUCCAUUGUCAAACUUAGUUUUGUUUUCAGAAACAGCUUAUCGUUUACUGUUUGGAUGACAUGGUUUAUUACAUUUUGUGGAAAUAUUCAAAGCAAGGUAUUGUUUGAAAUUGCCAGUGAAGAUAGAGGCUCACCGGAAAAUCUCCCAAAAAAUCUGCUAAAAAUCUCCUAGCUGCAUGAUCACAGGACAAAAACAGGCAUGCCUUGCACAACACGUGCAAACAAACAUGUGCGAAUAUGUCAAUCAAGACCGGAUCACUCUCUGAGAACAAAAUGUUAAUUUUCAUCUGCUCUUGUGUGAACAACUCUAUAAAAUGUCUGGGCAAUAUGUAUGAUAGCUUUACAUUGUGUUCGAUCUCUUUAUUUUCGCAAUGUCUUAUUCUCUAAGCGGUUUAAAUAAGUUAAAGGUCUUAUCGGGUGUUGAUGGCACACUCACAGACAUUUGAUUCCUUCUUAAGUGUGUUCAUUUGUGGGGAUGUAUCUGGUAGCUUUUUUCAUCUGUGCCCUCUGGCUUCCAAUAGACCAGUGUGGCAUAUUGACUGGAUCAGGUAUCAGUAUUGCUGGUGACAAUUAUGAGGAUUUUUUUUUCCAAUGGUGACAGUUAUGAAGGUUUACUAUUUCAAAUUCUUGCUGAAUUUGAGUUAAAUAAUGCUGGCCAAGAGUUAUUCUGUAAGAGCAAACUCAUUGUUACAGCCCAACAGGAACAAGAACUUAUAUUCACAAUGCUUUGCAAUGUUGACAUGAAGCUUGAGAUUUAUUGUCUUGGUACCCUGGAUUUGGUGACAGCACCACCUAUUGGUAAUCCUAAAACUGGACAAAAAUUAUUAUAAUCUUGAAAAAAAAUAUUGACUUAGACUUGUGAUAAUUUUCUCGUAUUGUUUUUUGCUAAUCCUAUAUUACUGCAUUCAGAAACUCAUUUUCAGUUCAGUUUUUACAAUACUGAUGCAUUUUUAAACAGUACUUUGCCUGGCAAAAAUUACAGCCAAACAAGGUGAGGUUGGACUUCUGCAACACUUUUGCAUACUGACAAGGGCUUUGCAUAGAUUCCUACACAAUAGUGUUUGUAACUGCUGCCUGCAACUGACACUCUUACUUGGCUCAUAUCUUGUUUAAGAUAAAGAGGUAAAAUAAGAUUUCACCAAUGUACUUUAUAAUACAAUCUAUCCAGAGUGCCUCCAGGAUUGCUGACAGGAUGGAGGACGGAUAGGUGCACAGAGUUACGAAGAUACCAACCCACCUAAAUUCAAAACCUAAUUCUCUUUAUACUUUACAUCAUUUUGUUCAUAAUAUCAAACAAAGUUGCAUUAGCUUUACAGUAUACAAAGACGCCAGUUUGUGGAUAGUCUGUCUUUCAGAAGUGAUGCUUUUCUUAUUAACAAAACUGUCAUCCUUUUUUGUUAAAUUAAUGGUUUGCAUUACCAUCUACCAACUGUAGGUCAACAGUUCAACAGUCAGUAAUGGCACAUCUGGUGUGCAUGGCAUUUACGAGAACGAUUCCAUUCUUGUAUUUUGUCAGAAACAGGAAGAACCUGAAACAGAAUUUUUUUUUUUUUGCACAGUUGACUGUGGGCCAAGAUAAAUAAUUUACACAAAGACUAUUGCCUACGUAGAAAUGGCAACUACCAUCUUGUGGGUUGUGAAAUACAUAAACAUCUAAGAAAGUACUACUGGUUUAACCACAUAACACGACUGCUUCCUAAAAAAGGGAAAAAAAAAACCUUGUAAAAGUUUUAAAAAGUUUCGCCAUUGAUUUCAUAUAAUGUCAGCACUGUUGAUCAGUAAGCGGAUACAACAAACAGUUUUUGCUGCUUCAAUUGGUUGAUGAAGCUUAUGAGAUCACAUUUGUGUAAUCUAGCCACUUAAGGGGGAUUGAUUUAGAAACAUGUUUAAAUGCAUUAAUUAUUCUUCCAUUGUGUUUGGUGACUCCAGAGGUGCAUAAAUUACACCAUUUACUCUUAACUACUAAUGAUAUCUUCCAGAUGACCAUUUUGGUGGCUAAACAGCAUGAACCCCUGGAUAUAUUCGUAUGUUGUGGUUUUUGUUGUGUUUAUAGAAUUAGUCACUCUUUCUCACAUUAUUACAUUCUUUUCUGUUUGAUGAAAUAAAGAAAAGAUGGUUACAAAUAUG